AUUGCCGACACUAGCAAUGAAGAUUACGGCUCUGUUAGUUCUUUUCCUGCUUCAAUUCAUUGUUGCUUUUGGUUCUGACUCAGAUCCAGUCAUGGAUUUCUGCUUACCCGUUUCACCAUCCAACCCCUUCUCCUGCAAAAACGCAUCUUUAGCCACAGUCCACGACUUCACAUUUUCCGGAAUAAAGUUUCCCGGCAACUUCAAGGAAUCUGGGUUUUCUGCCACGGCUGUGAAUUACAAGCUCUUUCCAGGUCUCAACACUCUCGGAAUGUCGUUCGUGCGUGCCGAUUUCGAUGUUGGAGGCGUCAAUGUGCCUCAUUUCCAUCCUAGGGCAACGGAAAUCGCUUACGUGCUUGAAGGUAAGGUUUAUUCUGGAUUCAUUGACACGAACAAUAAGAUUUUCGCGAAAGUAAUUGAGAAAGGAGAGGUCAUGGUGUUCCCAAGGGGUCUGCUUCAUUUCCAGAUGAACGUCGGAGAUUCGCCGGCGGCUAUCCUGGGCAGCUUCGAUAGCCAGAAUCCUGGGUUGCAGAAGAUCCCUAGUGCAGUUUUUGGAUCUGGAAUCAAGAUGGAGCUUCUGGAAAAGGCUUUUGGGUUGAACCCCAAGGAGCUUUACAAGUUACGGAAAAGGUUUUCUUCUAGCUGAUUUGCGUAGCCACGCAUCAAUUCUUCACACAAACACACGGAAACAGAAAUGUGUAUUGAAUUAAAAAAUAAUCAUGAAGUGUUGUGUGAAUCUGAAAUCUGAAAGUAUAAGGUAAGUGUUGUUGCUUCUUAGAGAUAUUAUAAUAUAAUCUGUUCAUUGUUUUGAUGGAA